CCGCCCCCAUCUCGGUCCAACUCUCCCUCUCUACAACCAGGCAGCCCUUUCCCGUGUCCUCCCUCCCCUUCUCCUCCUCCUCCUCCUCCUCCUCCAUUUUGCUAGCUCGGUCUGUGACUAGAGCCCGAGUCACCGCCCGCCUGUCGGGGACGGCUGAAAGUGGGUGUAAGAAGGAGAAGAAGGGUGGGAGGGCUCCGGGGAGAAGAAAUGUACCUAUGAACAACAGUCCAGAAGACCCGAAGAAGGGCCGAGGACUGUUCUUGGCGGUGUGGAAAAAGGGCAAGACUUUUUAAAUUGGGGUUCUCCCCCUUUUCCCCCCAUGGAAAAGGGGGCGGCUGUUUACUUCCUUUUUUUAGAAAAAUAUUUUUUCCUCCUUCUUUCACACGCUAAGUUGUUUGUUUCGGCCGUGGUGGGAGCUGUGGAAGGUGGCGGGAGAACCGGACCCCUAGAUGAGCUGGUAUUAACUGAUGGACUCAAAAGAAUCGUUAAGUCCCUCCCUUGGAGAAGAAACCACCAAAAGUAUACAUGGUCGGAAGAGAGGAAAUGUAAUGGACUUUUAUAAAUCCAUAAGGGGUGGAGCUACUGUCAAGAUUCCUGCAUCUUCAUCCUCACUGGCUGCUGCUUCUCAAUCAGACUCUAAGCAGCAACCUCUUUUGGGUGACUAUUCUAAAGGAUCAGCAAGCAGUGCACCGCAGCCAGACUUAUCCAAGGCAGUGUCUCUAUCAAUGGGACUCUAUAUGGGUGACACAGAUACAAAAGUAAUGGGAAAUGAUCUGGUAUUUCCUCAGCAGGGCCAAAUUGGUGAAACAGAUUUUAGGCUUCUUGAAGAGAGCAUCGCAAAUCUCAGUAAGUCAUCCAGGGUAUCCCAAAGCCCCAAGAGUUCAGCAUCUGCUACAGAUAAUGAAUUUCCAACAACAUCUAAUUUUGAUAAAGCUUUAGAAAAGCCGACUUUUAAAAAGGGCCCGAUUGGCACUUCUGAUGGCAAUGCAAAAUUGUAUACUGAAGACCAAAGUACCUUUGAUAUUUUACAGGAUUUGGAAUUGUCUGCUGGGUCCCCAAAUAAGGAGGCAAAUGAGAGCCCAUGGAGGUUAGACCCCUUGCUAGACGAAAACUGUUUGCUUUCUCCUUUAGCAACAGAUGAGUCAUUUCUUUUAGAAGGAAAUGCAAAUGAAGACUGCAAGCCUCUUAUUUUGCCGGACACUAAGCCUAAAAUUAUGGAGCAGGGGGGUCUGAUUUUACCCAGUUCUAAUAUACCAUUGCCUCAAGUAAAAACAGAAAAGGAAGAUUUUAUUGAACUUUGUACUCCUGGGGUAAUUAAACAGGAGAAAUUGGGCCCAGUUUACUGUCAAGGAAGUUUUUCUGGGACAAAUAUAAUUGGAAACAAGAUGUCUGCCAUUUCUGUUCAUGGUGUGAGUACCUCUGGGGGACAGAUGUACCACUACGACUUGAAUACUUCAUCCCUUUCUCAGCAACAGGAUCACAAGCCUGUAUUUAAUGUCAUUCCACCCAUUCCUGUUGGUUCAGAAAAUUGGAAUAGGUGCCAGGGAUCUGGAGAUGACAACUUGACUUCCUUGGGAACUUUGAAUUUCACCAAUCGAUCUGUUUUUUCUAAUGGAUAUUCAAGCCCUGGAAUGAGACCAGAUGUAAGUUCUUCUCCAUCUACUUCCUCCACGACAACGGGACCACCCCCCAAACUCUGCCUUGUUUGCUCCGAUGAGGCUUCAGGAUGUCAUUAUGGUGUCCUAACUUGUGGAAGUUGUAAAGUGUUCUUCAAAAGAGCAGUGGAAGGUAGGCAGCAUAAUUAUCUUUGUGCUGGAAGAAAUGAUUGUAUCAUUGAUAAAAUUCGAAGAAAAAACUGCCCAGCAUGCCGUUACCGAAAAUGUCUCCAAGCUGGAAUGAACCUAGAAGCUCGAAAGACAAAGAAGAAAAUUAAAGGAAUUCAGCAAACCAACCCAACAGGAACAAGAGAGAAUUCGGAAAGUCCUGUCAAUAAAACAAUGGUUCCUGCAUCUUUGCCACAGCUCACCCCAACAUUGGUGUCACUCCUGGAGGUCAUUGAGCCAGAGGUGUUAUAUUCGGGAUAUGACAGUUCAAUGCCUGAUACCACUUGGAGGAUCAUGUCAACACUUAACAUGCUGGGAGGACGACAAGUCAUUGCAGCAGUGAAAUGGGCAAAGGCGAUACCAGGUUUCAGAAACUUACACCUGGAUGACCAAAUGACCCUGCUGCAGUACUCUUGGAUGUUCCUGAUGUCUUUUGCACUAGGAUGGAGAUCCUACAAACAAGCAAGUGGGAACCUGCUGUGUUUUGCUCCUGAUCUGGUUAUAAAUGAGCAGAGGAUGAAUUUACCCUGCAUGUAUGACCAAUGUAAACAUAUGCUAGUUGUGUCCAAUGAACUACAAAGGCUUCAGGUUUCUUAUGAAGAAUAUCUCUGCAUGAAAACCCUAUUACUUCUCUCUUCAGUUCCCAAGGAAGGUUUGAAGAGCCAGUCACUCUUUGAUGAGAUUAGAAUGACUUACAUCAAAGAGCUGGGGAAAGCCAUAGUCAAGAGGGAAGGAAACUCAAGUCAGAACUGGCAGCGAUUUUAUCAGCUGACUAAACUUCUGGACUCCAUGCAUGAGAUAGUUGAAAACCUUCUGAACUAUUGCUUCCAAACGUUUUUGGAUAAGACCAUGAGCAUCGAGUUCCCGGAGAUGUUGGCUGAAAUCAUCAGUAAUCAGAUACCAAAAUACUCAAAUGGAAAUAUCAAAAAACUGCUCUUUCAUCAGAAGUGACUGCCUUAAUACAAAAGGUUGCCUUAAAGAAGUCAGAUUUAUAGACUGGUUCAUUUCUGUCCUUGUGGCGGCGUUCCUUCUGCAAUUAUGCACUACAUGUGGUUUCUAGAGGGCCAAGACUCGGACAUGGACAUGGUUGCUUUAAAACAACGGGAGCAGUAGGGAGAAAGGAAGUGAAAUAAAUCCUGGAAAUUAGACAUGUCAUCCUGGGAAAGACCUUCCUAGUGGACAAAAGAUGGCACCAUAAUUCCUGCUGCCAGGAAUCUGUAUCAUGAACAUUCUACUAGUGAUUUUCCACAAUUGGUUGGAUAUGUGUUUUCUAGAACUUUUUUUGAUCGUGUUUUUCUUUUUUUUUUUCCUUCCCUUCUCCCCCUGUAUAGUUAAGAUAGCCUUUUGAUUUAUGCAUGGUAACCUGAAAAAAAGUUUACAAAUGUAUGCCAGAAAAGGGAAGUUGUGCCUUUUAUAGCUAUAACUGUCCGGUUUUAGCAAUUUCCUUUACCUUUAUAUCCAGUGAACUUGGCCUGCCCAUUUUUCUUACAUCAUUUUUGUAUUCGAGUUGCCUGUUGUACAGCUGUCUGUUUCAGGUGGGCACCCGGUUCACAGCUUUCCUAAAUAAACGCUAACCAUUAUUCUUCUGUGCGAAAAUGGGUUGGUGCUUCUACCUCGAGAGUUUUUUGCUCUCAGGAGACCACAAACAAAAUUUUCUCAGACCUCAAGAAUCUUUACCGGUUAUCACCCUAUUGCUUUACAAGAUAUAUCUACACAUCUACAUAGCAAAUAGAUAUAGUUCCAUCUGGUAAUUAACUGGUACAUGUCACCCAGUCUGGUGGCCUGCUCAAUAAGCUAUGAAUAAGCUAUGGUAAAUAGAUAGUAACUUCUAGAAGUGGCCUGAUCACACAGGUAUGAUUGAGUGAAAAUCACAGGAGCAAGAUCCCAAACACACGGGUUCUAAUUCCUGCCAGCUCUGACGUUCUUCAGGCCUCUUUCCUCAUCAGGGUGUAAGAGAAUAAGUCCCUAGAAAGAUGGCAAGGAAGUGAGUUUUGAAUCUUGUUCAGGGACCCUUUUAUGAAAGAAUAUUGACCUUCAGAGUUUCAGAACAGCUCAGAAAAGUUUUUCAGUCAUAACUGGACACUGUGUCUGUUCUUAAAACCAGUGCUGCCCCUUCCUAAAUUUUACAUAAGUCAAUUUUAUUCGGAUUUUAAAAGGCUCAAUUUGCUGAACCACAAAAUCGAACCAAACAAAAAAACUGGCUAGACACCCAUUUUCACAUUCCCAUCUCACACCAAUUGGUCCCUGUCUCCUGGGGUACAGGAGACCCUCAGCUAUGAAUUUUUGUGAUUUCUGAUCGUAUUGUCAGACUUUUGUGUUUAUGAGGCUUACACAUCCCUUCCUCUUCACUUUCUCUUGUGCCAUAAACUUGACAAGGGGUCUUGUGAAUCUCUCCUCCUCACUGUGGGUGAUCAUUUUAGAAGAUUUAGAAGCUGUAGUAGCCCUUUCUGUGUGCACCUUACCAACUUUCUGUAAACUCAAAACUUAACCUAUUUACUGAGCCACAACAAGAAUUGAUUUUUAUUCAGUGGCCAAAUUAUUUGUGUAAUAGAAACUGAAAAAAAAUCUAAUAUUAAAAAUAUGAAACUUCUAAUAUAUUUUUAUAUUUAGUUCUACUUUCAGAUAUACAUAUAUAUAAAUAUAUAUCAUAUUGGUAUUCACUAAUCCAGGAAGGGAAGGGCUACUGCAGCUUUACAUGCAAUUUAUUCAAGUGAUUGUAAAAUAGCUUGUAUAGUGUAUAAUAAGAAUGAAUUUUUAGAUGACAGAUUGUUUUAUCAUGACAUGUUCUAUAUUUUUCAUAGGGUUCAGAGAAAUGCAGAAGGAUAAUCUAAACGAUUUAUAGUAUGCGUGUGUGUUUAUAUAGUUGGCGGUCCAUAGAUAGGAAGAGAGGGACUGAGGAGGCAAUCCUACAUGUGGCCAUUUUGCUUGGGCCAUAUCCCAUCAAAUUGAGCAUCAUCCCAUUACCUGGAAUUCCAAUCACUUUUCUUUUUCAGACAGUGAAUCUGUUAUCCCUACAUGUUGGUUUGUUUUUCUGCUGAACAAAAGAAAGAAAGAAAGAAAGGAAUGGAGAGAGAGAGAGCAAGCAGGGGGAUAAAGAGAAUGGCUCUUAGAUAUAUAGGGCACUGGCCAAUAGCAGGGUUACUUUCACAUACAGCCUCUCAUACAGCUUAGCAAAAACAGUGAUUUAAGGAGCUUGGCAAUAAUAACGCACACAGGUACCAGCAAUAUGUAUAUAUACUGCAAAGCAACACAAGUCAUUCACAAUACACUACUUCUUUUCUAUCCUAUGGCAAAACUUCACUUCCCAUUAAAGUAAGGGGUUGAGUGAGACUUUUCUUGGAUUGCUUUUGAAUGCUACAAGCUUCAGUAUUUGAUAUGUCUUUGCUUUUAUUUUUUUUUUUUAAUGGAGUAAUCACUUGCUUUUUUUCAAAUGCACGAUAAAAGGGAAAGCUUCUUUCCUCAUGGCCAGGAUCCAAGUGUUACUCUAAGAUAUUUUUCACCUAGCUGGAGGGGAAGUUUUACAGUGCCUCAGAAAUAAUGUUUUAAGAUUCAUGAUAGCGUUAGGUUUCAAAACCUGUUCCAGGAAAAGAAAUCUCUGCUCAGAGAAUAUGGUCAACACUCAUUUUCUCCCAAGUUUAAGAAAUGUAACGUACUGACAGUCUUUGUGGAAAGGUCCUACUGACAGUUGUGAGAUUGCCAUAAAGUCAUUUCCUGGGGAAAGAAUGGCACCCACCCUUUUGGGAUUAAUACGAAUGUAUAAAGAUUGCAGUUUUAACUAGGUCAAUGUUCAUGGGCUGCAAUUGUGGAUCUUGUACAAAAGUUAGACCAGGUGCUACUUGCAAGCAGCCUUCAUUCUCCCACUAGUAUUUAACUAUUCUCACCUUUUUAAAGUUGUUAUUCACUUUAGUGUGAGUUGUAAGGCAUGUGUGUCCCAUACAGAUACAUGAAAAAUGCUUCCGGUUAUAGCUCAAAAAUGUGAUCCUUCUUUGGUGACUUUAUAAUGUGAUAUUGAGUACCACAGAGAUAGAGCGAGGUAACUGAGCAACAUGGAAACAAAAUUCUGUGGCCUCCUGGUAUCUGCUAUUCUUCCAUCUUAGCAGGGAGACAGGAAAGGUAAUUGGUUUACAAAAGUAAGACAGGAAAUCCAUACUGCCCAACUUUUCAUCCAUGAAACGCUGUAUCACCAUCCUGUCCAAAGAAGGAAGAAGAGCCAGCAAUUGGUUUGUGUUAAUGGAAUUAGCAUAGAAUGAGAUUCAAAAAUGAAAUCUAACCUUGUUAUAAGUAGCACAUCAAAAAAAGCCUUCUCCCCUCCACAGAGACAGUGCUCAACUAUCCCUAAAUCUACAGGUUUAAUUAAACAUGCCUUCUGAAAAACUUGUCUUGAUAACCCCAUAGGCUGUUAAAAAAAAAAAAAAAAAACCCAGUAUAAUUGAGUUCCUUUGCUUUGAUAAAGGGAUAUGAUAUUGUCAAAUCACCAAAAAAAGGUUGUAGAUAUUAGUUAUAAUGUGUGUUUCAUCAGCCUGUUUCCAGCAUAAAGACAGUGGAGGGAAGGGAGAGAAGUACAAGGAGAAUACAUUAAACAGUAUUUUAAAUGGCACAACUGUCAUCCAAAACCAGGCACGUAUUCCAGGUCUCAGUGCAUCAGUGGCUAUGGGUGUGCUGAGACAAGAGCCUCAUUUUUAGGAAAGAAAUAGAGUCUCUUUCAAAGAAGGAUUCCGCUUUCUGAUGAAAGGCUGUGUGUAUGAAAAUAGCCCCCUUAGAUAUUUUACCUUGCCUAACCACAUAUAGAUUCAAGUGUGUCGAUAUUCUAUUUUGUAUAUUAAACAAAAGCUUAUGUAAGGGGAAAGAUCUAUAUUAUACUGUGUAUGGCAUUAUUAAAAAGCUUUUUCAUUAUUUUUUAUCACAGUAAUUUUAAAAUGUGUAAAAAUAAUUAAAACCAGUGACUCCUGUUUAAAAAAAAUAUAUAAAAGUUGUAGUUUUUUAUCCAUGCUGAAUAAUUCUGUAGUAAAGAGAAUAAUUCUGUAGUAAAACGUGUCUUUUUCAUCCACUCAGUGCAAUGGUGGAUUGUAAAAUCUCGUGUGGAAAUGUUUAACUUUUACUUUUCGUUUUAAUUCGCCGUCCCAGUAAUAUCACCCCACACGUUUGUACAGAAUUGGCAGUAAAUGGUAGUCAUUUACAGCUAUGCCAAAUCAUGGCCAGAAAUCGUAAUAAAAACUUGCUUUUUCCA